AUGACUGGGCAAAUUCAAGACGUCAAAGCUGCAGUCAGUGGAGGCGUUGCUCCAGAUAUAACAGGAGCGGAAACGCCCUUCAAAAUUGGGUUUCUUUCAUUUACUGUUCUCGGCGCACAGCGAAUCAGAGGAGCCGCUCCAAAUUCUCUCAAGCAUCUUGACGUUAUCAAAUAUCUCCUCCAGUGCGGUGCACCACCGGAUUCGCCGGAUAUAUCCGGUCACACAGCCCUCCACCAUGCAUGUACUCCUCCGCUUGGACAUCUUGAACUCGCCAGGGCACUUCUCAAAGGUGGAGCUAACCCAAAUGUUCAAAACCGUUAUGGUGAAGUUCCUCUCUUCUUCCCGUUCCAGGGACAAGACAUACCGAUCCUAGAUUUAUUAAUGGAGCACAACGCUGAUCUGGACAUUAAGGACGGAAAUGGUGAUUCUCCCCAUGCGUUAUGUGUUGUAUUUGGCCCCCAAGUCACGGCGGCGGUUCGCCGGUGGGAAAGGAAGCGAUCAGGGGAGAAAGCACUAUGGGAAGAGAAGGAAUGCGAGUACUGCAAGAAAAAAGGGAAAGGCCUGAAGCAGUGUGCACGGUGUCACACAGUCCGAUAUUGCUCGUCUGACUGCCAGCGUAUGCAUUGGAAAGCCCAUAAACCGUUAUGCCAGCCAUUCUCCACAUCAACCACGGUCACGCUGAAGCCAAGCUAUAGCGACUUCUCAUCUACAAUAUCUCGUGCUGAUAUCACUCGCAAAGCUCUCGGCCUUUCGAGUCCCAAGUCCAAGCCGUCCAAAAACGCUCCGUUUACCCGAAUGUCCUUUGAUCAGAAGUCUAUGAUCAUCAAGGUGCAAGUACCCGUAGAUCCGUCAUCUCCGACUGCGACAUCAAUGGGUUUGGGCGGCUUGCUAAUAUAUAACAAAAAGAAAGAUUUCAUGUGCACUGUUCAACGAGCUGGAAACACAAACGCGUAUGAUGAUAUCGUCCGCGUGGUGAAAUGCAGAGGUGUUGGAGGGGUAAAGGCUUAUUUCGCUGCUGAAUUGCGAACUCGUGAUGAGUUGGUUGUCAAGAUUUCUGAAACUUUAGCGGAGCAGCCGUUCUAG